AAGUAGCAAAAAACCCCAAUCAAGUUUUCGAUUCGAGAGAUAGGAGAUUUUCGUACAACAAACGAUGAAACCAGUUGGUGAAGAAGAAUCUUCUUCUUCGAUUCAUCACGAUUCUUCUAUCCCUUCCGGUGAUAACUCCGUCUGGGCCGAUGUUUCACCUCUCCUCUCCGCCGCCUGCACUGAUCUUCAAGAGGGUGAACUCAUAAAUGGAGAUAAUUUCAAUCUUUUUGCUGCCAUGUCUGCUUUGGAGAUUAUGGACCCAAAGAUGGAUUCUGGUAUGGUGUCUACCUUUUAUUCAAUAGAUGAAGCCAUCGAAAGUGGUUUUGCGCCCGUACCUAUAAGUUCUGAUAGUACUGUUAAUGUUCAAUCCAUCAUUGACAUUAUGGAUCAUCUCCUGGCGUGCGAGGCAACGUGGCACAUGGGUCAUUCAUUGGCCCAAACUGUGUUUUCAUGCAUCUAUGUUCUGAGGCCUGAGAGGACAUCUUCACAGGCUCUAUUACAUUCUUAUUGUAGGGUCAUCCGAGCAACUUGCAGGGCAGUUGUUUCUGUUGUUUCAGAUGCACGUACAAAUGAAGAAGAGGAUCUGUUUACCAUGACAUACGGUCUUCCUUUUAGUGGAGAUGAAGAUGCCAAGGGCUUGUUACUUUUGAAUGCGGUCGAAGAAACAAUCUGUCGUCAGCUGCGUGCUUGUAAGGCCACAAGAAGAAGAGUGUUAGAAGCUUUAGUUACCUGUUUACCCUCAUUUAUGCAUUUUCUACAUGCUCUUAAUUGUAUGAGACGACCACAAGGACGUGGCCUCGAAUUGGCAAGGAAACAUAUAGCCUAUUGCAUAUCAGAGCUAGAUUCUGUUCUGGAGUCGGAAGAUUUUUUAAGAUUAAAUAUUGUCGAAAAUGGCGGAAACGAGAUAGAAGAAAGUACAACUGCUUCUGGUCGCUCCCCCAUUGGAUUUGAUCCUACUUUAAACAAAAGAUUAUCAGCUCCAACGCCGCCACGUGCCAUUAAACUUCUUUCUUGGAAAAAGGCUAUUGACUAUUAUGUGAAACUUCUUCACAAUCUGGAUCAGAUUUGUGUAUUCUCAUUGGAACCAGAUUUAGAGGCCGUUUUGCAGUUUUUGAUUCAGUUUCAAAAAUCUAGUCCUGAUUUGGUUGCCAGGGCUCAUCUUCAGCUUCUCCUUGUGCAAGAUGGGAAACUUUACGGCCGUGAUACCUUUUUGACAAUUUGCGCCAGAUCUCUUGCAUUAGAUGUCUCCAAGAACCAUGGCCUUCAUACGAAUGAGUACAUUCUUCAACUUAAUCAGUUGAUGGUUAAUCUGCUUAAAAUACUAUGUGCUAAUACCCCAUGGCAGAGGCGUAAGCUUGGGAAAAUCUUAAAUGACUGGAGCAUAUUCCAUGUGCAGAUGGGGAUUGCUGUUGGUCAAAUGAUGCAGCAUGAUACAUCACGUGCUUCGAAAAAUGGGGAUAAGUCUCUACUCAUUUUAAACCAUAUAUAUGGUGGAUUAGAUGAGCAAAUUAAUUGGGUGGCCAUUCGCUUUCUCAUGCUGGGAUUUGACCUCGACCUCUACUCACCAAGUGAAUAUUGCAUGGUAUACUGGUACAUGUAUAUUAUACUCUGGAAGCUUGCUGAAAGAGCACGUUUCAGGGUCUUAAUCGUUGUCAACACUGAGGAAAGAAAAGCAAAGAGGAAUAAGGAGUAUUCUAGGGACAUGGCUCGGGAAGAUCGGAUUAGUCUAUGGGUGUUGUUUCUCAAAUGUCAGACUUGCCUUGCACAAGGCCUCACAGUGAUGAUUGCGGCUUUGAGAAAUGAAGGGAUGUGUUUAAAGAGUCAAGGACCUUUCAAUACCGAAAAUGAGAAAUUUAUUCAACAUUUUGAACUCCUUCAGAAGGCAUCGCUUCCCGAAUAUGACGCAUAUGAAUCAUUCUCAAAAUCCACAUCUCAUGCUCGUCUCGACUAUCUUCCUAUGUAUGAGUACUUUCACGAUGCUCAAAAGAUCGCUAAGGACAUAAAGGUCGGUUAUGCCAAUGACCCUGAUAAACUGGCUGAAGUCCAAGGAUUAGAGAAAGUCGCGGAACGCAAUAUUGUUGCUGUGAACCUUUUCUGUCAAGACCGUUCGCUUAAGGUAUCGUUUGAGUUCACCCAUCAUCCUUAUUUCGCCACUGCUGUUGUCCGUAGAUCUUGAAACUGUGUUCUCUCAUUCACUUGUUACUAUACAAAUCCAAUUUUGGGACAAACCCUAUUUAGUUAUGGAAACAAGUGUGCUUGUUUAGUUUCCUUUCUCAGCUUUUAUCAUGCUUU